AACUUGUUUUCGAGUCGAAUUUUUGGUCUUGGGGGCCUUUUUUUUUCAUUUAUUUGUGAUGACAAUAGUAACGAGUAGCACCUCUUUUCUUGAUACUUUUCCAUUUCUCUUGUAACGCCUUACUCAAUCCUCAUAUAUUCAUAGCCAACCAUGAAUCAGGGAAUGUAUCCUGGUGAGCCCUAUUUCCGGGACCAAGACAUACACGCAACACAUUCAUACACUCGAAAAUUUUGUGGCUGCAUGUCACUACAAGGCGGUGGUAUAUUGGCGUGCUUGAUAUGGCUGGGCAUCAAUCUCUACGUUACAAUCCUAUCUUUUCAAAGUCGAAGUCCUGUAUUCUCAUAUCUAGAUUACCACGCGCUCAUGGUAACGGGCUCCAUCUGCAUUAUAUUUCUUGUCGCGGCCCUGUUUGCCAUGUUUGCCUUAGUCACGAACAAACCAGCGAUUCUACGACUUGCACAUCGUAGCAUGUGGGUCGUCGUGUUUAUAUUCGUCAUCAACUUUUUCAUCGAUAUCAUAUUAUUCGGCGUCCAGCGACCACAAUUCAACGAUUGGUGCGUCUCAUCAUCCCGCGAACUUUUGGGCAGCAGCGUCAACAGCACAGCGGUAGAGGAGCCACAGGACGAUUCGAACCUCUACAACUGCAAUAAGCUUUGGGAAGAUGAAUUGAAGUUUGCCAUUGUGCUGUUUAUUAUGAUUACCAUAUGUUAUAUGUACUGGGCCCUCUGCUUAUGGUCGUACACUCAAAAACAAUUGUACUUUUUGACAUUGCCGUUCUAUCCUCCUGGAGGCCAUUUCGGACCUGGUGCUGGUCCUGCUGCAGCAGCAGGAGGUAUGCCACCACCUGCUACCAUGAUGAACCUCAAACCAAAGAAGCACAAUAGCGCUGAUGAUGAAGAACGAGGGACAAAGGGUCGAAGUAUGACAGCAAGACCGGGGGCUUGGAUCUCUUCACUGUUUUCAAGAAUGUCAUUUAGUAGGAAAGUAUAGAACGUGUAUCCCCUCCCCUCUCUAUCACCUUUGUCAUCACGCCAGUCAUCCUAUCUCUGCAUGUAUAUCAAUCAUGGUUGUAGUUUCCUUUACUCCAAACUUAAAAAUAUACCAUCCACAUCCUGUACGCAGCUUGAGCAUUUUGUGCU